GGGGGUGGGAGGGAAGGGACGGGGAGUAGUUUGACAUGUCGGAGCAUCCUGUGGGACCAGGAUCAUGGACCAAAUCUGGUUCCGGGACACUGAGGCCCGGAGCGGUGCGGACCAUCGGGGCCGAGGCUCUGGUGGCUCUGCUGGAGGGUGGGCUGGACCGGGUGGUGCUGAUCGACAGCCGGCCCUUCGUGGACUACAACGCCUCGCACAUCCUGGAGGCGGUGAACGUGAACUGUUCCAAGCUGAUGAAGAGGAGGCUGCAGCAGGACAAAGUCCAGAUCGCUGAGCUGCUGCAGCACUCGGCCAAGAAGAAGUUGGAGCUGCAGGGCGAUCAGGAGGUCGUCGUGUACGAUCAGAGCUCUUCAGAACCGGCCGCUCUCAGCCCAGAGUCUUUCCUCAGCGUCCUGCUGGUGAAGCUGGAGAGGAGCUUCCCUUCUGUGCACCUGCUCUCAGGUGGAUUCUCAGAAUUCUCCCACCUGUUUCCUGGUCUGUGUGAGGGGAAGUCCACCCUGGUCCCCUCCUGCAUCUCUCAGCCCUGCCUGCCCGUCACCAACAUCGGACCGACCCGGAUCCUGCCUCACCUGUACCUGGGCUGCCAGAGGGACGUCCUCAACAAGGAUCUGAUGCAGCAGAACGACAUCGGCUACGUCCUGAACGCCAGUAACACCUGCCCCAAACCCGACUUCAUCCCAGAGUCUCACUUCCUCCGAGUCCCGGUGAACGACUCCUUCUGCGAGAAGAUCCUGCCCUGGUUGGACCGAUCGGUGGAGUUCAUAGAGAAAGCUAAAGCGUCCAACGCUCGCGUUCUGGUUCACUGCCUGGCUGGAAUCUCCCGCUCAGCCACCAUCGCCAUCGCCUACAUCAUGAAGAGGAUGGACAUGUCUCUGGACGAGGCGUACAGGUUUGUGAAGGAGAAGCGUCCGACCAUCUCUCCUAACUUCAACUUCCUGGGUCAGCUGCUGGACUUUGAGAGGAAGAUCAAAAGUCCUCUCAGUACUGAAGCUAAAUUCAAGUCCAGCGGCGAGGUCCCGGCUCAACCCGAGGACUCUGAGCCCGCGGCCUGUCAAGAGGCCCCCGGGGGGCUCGGCCUGGUCCCGCUGGAGCCCCUCACCCUGCCCUGCGUUCUAGCCGACGCCCCCGAGGAUCGUCUGCUGGCUCAGGCUCUGAGCGGCCUGCAGCUCGCCGACGUCCCUGAAGACAACGCCCGGCUGAAGCGCUCCUUCUCUCUGGACAUCAAGUCGUACGGCGAGCCAGGCGGGAGCGCCACGCACCGGGUGUUUGUUCCUCAUGGUGCCUCCGGAGACGCCGGCGAGUUCUACAAACCGUCUGCCUUCAAAGAGGCGACCAGUAAACCGUGCCAGUUCUCCCCGGUGGAGGAGGUGUCGGAGCAGUCCACCCCGGAGCAGAGCCCCGACAAGGAGGAGGCCGAUGGGCCUGAGCGAGUCACACCGCCGGCCUCCAGCGGCUUCACCAAACCUCCGUCCGCUGCUCCGAACUGUACACAGCAGCUGCAGCGGAGCGGCAGCAUGGAGGAGAACACCACCAGCUUCCUGUUCGGCCUCUCGCGCAGCCAGCAGCACCUGGCCAAACCCGGCUCCAGCGGCGCCCUGAAAGGCUGGCACUCGGACAUCCUGCUCGGCCCCGUCACCGUCUCCUCCUCCUCUCUAGCCGGCGGCUGGUACCUCUCCUCCGACUCCACCCGCUUCUACUCCACCUCGGCCAUCCUGAGCGGUGGCAGCUUCACUGCUUACAGCUGCGGCCACGGUCUGGAGGCGGUGCGGCGGCGCAGCCGGCAGAGGACCGGCGACCGCGGCGACUCGAGGAGGAGCUGGCACGAAGAGAGCAGCUUCGAGAAGCAGCUGAAGAGACGCAGCUGUCAGAUGGAGUUCGGAGACGGCAUGACGGACAGCCGGUCCAGAGAGGAGAUGGGGAAGGUGGGCAGUCAGUCCAGCUUCUCUGGCAGCAUGGAGGUCAUCGAGGUGUCCUGAAACUGAUCCUGGAACUGAUCCUGAGACGCUUCAGGACGAGUCUGAAGCUGCUUUGACUCGCAGAGAGAAACGUGCAACACACAUCGGCCACUGCAGCGACGCCGGACUGCACAGCGUUCAACAAGUCGGCCCAAAUAUAACACAGUGUUUAUUCUUUCAGAAAGUUUCAGGCGCCUUACGUUCACAGCUAGCUUACUCUGUGAGAGCGAGUGAUGCAUUGUGGGUAGUUUUUAGCUGUAAUGUUGCUAUGCUAACAGUGAGUCAGUGGAUCAGAGUCGAGUCAGUUUCAGUCAGAGAACAAACUGAUGAGCAGCAUCACAGAGAAACAUCCUCUUCUUUAUAAGUCUGUUUCAGUCUUAUUCUUGGGCCGAUCGGUGACGAGGUCGCGGCGGCGUGUGCGUCAGUGAAACACGACACGAGGACGACACGCCUCCUGUAGCAGGAACAGAGCAGACCUGACCACCGUGAAGAGUUUCACAGCUCCGCCUCCUCUGAAUAAUGUCUGAAAAUGAAAACUCUUCUUCUGCUGGAUGUCAGCAGAUUAUCUUCCGUACUUUAUGGUGAUGACACACCUGGAGACGGGCUCAGACUUCUUCUGUGGUACUUCCUGUUACAGGAGGCGUCUCCAUGACGACGCAGACUGGAGGUAACGAAAGGGGCUGAAUCCAUCCAGUCACUCAUCGUCCUGCUGCUGGAGAUCCAACAAACAGUUGGAUGUUUAUGUUCUUGUGAUCUGUUUGCAGAACUUCUGUGCAGAAGAUCAAUAAUGAUGAUAAUAAUAAUGAUAAUGAUAAUAUUGAUAAUGAUAAUGAUGGUGACUGAUGGGACAUUCAGUCACCAGGUGAGAUAACACACAGCGUCAGACAUUUGGAUUAAGCCAAAGUAUAAUCAACCAAUGAGAACACAGUGAGGAGCUGCAGGUGAGCUCACCUGUGUCACCUGCAGCGCUCAGCUCAGGGUCGGGUCGGGUCGGGUCGGGUCGAUGUGUGUUGCAGUAAACUGUGACUGACGGUCUCUGAGCCCUCCAGCAGUCCGUCUGCCCUGCGUCUGCUCCGAGGAGGAUGAUUUUCUGUCCGAUGAACUCUGUGAGGUGGACAGGUGACGUCUCAGGUGAGGCAGGACUGAGCAGCAGCAGACACACAGACUCACAGGUCAUGUUGCACUACUGUGGUUUAAAGAAUGAUCGAUUAAAAAGUUAUAAAUCAGUAAAACAGA